UUGCAUUCAUAAACGGAUAUGAUAGCUAAGCGUUGAAUGUACUACUGUAGCUACAGAUACACAGUCAAGUCGGACCAUGGCGGAAGAAGACGACACGAGAAUUCGGAUUUUACAAAGCCUGCGGGGAAAGAUAUGUGAAGGCAAGAACCUGGGUCCGUGUUCGGGGCCCAACCGACAGCGGGACCUCUGCACCUUCUGCACCAUCAGCCUGGACCAGGAGGAGGUGUUCCGGACCAAGGUGUUUGACAAAAGCCUCAGCCCUUUCUACAGCGAGGACUUCUACUUUGAGAUCCCACGACCAUUUCAGUGUUUGUCCUUCUACGUAUUCGCCAAGGGUGUUUUUCAAAGGGACCUGCCUGUCGGGAAAGUGUCCAUCCGGAAGGAGGAACUGUGUAAAUUCAGUGGGAAGGAGCACUGGUUCGGACUGCAGCCCGUGGACCCUAACUCUGAAGUCCAGGGAAAGGUCCACCUGGAGAUGCGUCUGAAUGAACUGAUCAUUGAGAACGGCUCCAUGUGCCAGCAGCUACUGGUCCGGAUAAUAGAAUGCCAGGGCUUGCCUCUGAUCAGCGGACAGAACUGUGACCCGUAUGCUACUGUCUCGCUCGUUGGGCCUGCCAGGUCUGAUCAGAAGAAAACAAAGGUGAAAAAGAAGACCAGCGACCCUCAGUUUGAGGAAACAUUUUAUUUUGAGGUCACAAGGCCCAACAGUUACACAAAAAAGUCUCAUUUCCAAGUAGAGGAGGAAGACAUUGAAAAGCUGGAGAUCAAAGUUGACUUGUGGAACAAUGGGAAUUUGGCGCAGGAUGUUUUCCUUGGGGAGACGCGGGUAUCUGUCAAGAUCCUGCGAAAUGACCACAUUCACAGGGCCUGGUAUCUCCUCCAGCCCAAAGGGAACGGGAAGUCCAAGACAGACGACCUGGGCUCUCUGAGGCUCAACGUAACCUACACAGAAGACAAUGUGCUGCCUUCCGCCUGCUACACACCCCUCCGCACGCUGCUGCUCAAGUCCCCAGACAUUAAGCCCAUAUCGGCGUCAGCGGCCCACAUUCUGGUGGACAUCUGCAGGGAGAGGUACGAGGCGGUGCUGCCCGUGGUCCGCCUGCUGCUCCACCACAGCCGCCUGGUGCCCUUCGUCUCCGCCAUCGUUGCCCUGGAGCUGGAGAACACUCAGGAGGCCAACACCAUUUUCCGUGGCAACUCCCUGGCGACGCGCUGCAUCGACGACAUGAUGAAGAUUGUAGGGCGGAGCUACCUGACGGUUACCCUGAAGCCUGUAUUGGAUGAGAUUUGUGAAUCAAACAAAACCUGUGAGAUUGAUCCGAUCAAACUGAAAGAGGGAGAUAACGUUGAGGUGAACAAGGAGAACCUGCAGGGGUACGUUCAGAAGGUGUUCUCGUCCAUCACCCAGUCCAGCUCCAGCUGUCCCCCGCUCAUGUGUGACGUGUUCCGCUCACUGCGUCAACUGGCCUCCAAGCGGUUCCCAGAUGAUCCUCACGUCCAGUAUUCAGCGGUCAGCAGCUUCGUGUUCCUGCGCUUCUUCGCCGUCGCCGUUCUCUCGCCACACACCUUCCAGCUCCGUCCACACCAUCCUGACCUAGAGGUCUCCCGAACACUCACUCUCAUCUCCAAGACCAUCCAGACUCUGGGGAGCUGGGGUAGCCUGUCCAAAAACAAACUGUCUAGUUUUAAAGAAUCCUACAUGUACGAUUUCUUCAAAUCAUUCCAAGAAGACAAAUGUAUUGAAAAAGUAAAAAAGUUCCUAGAUGAGAUCUCCUCCAACGUCAGUAAGGAGUCCAGCGGGGUGGAGGACUCUGUGGUUCUCAAAGAGGGGGAGGUACAGAAGCGGGCCCAGGGAAGGAAACUCAUCGGCAAGAGGAACUUCAAGAAGAGGUGGCUCAGACUGACCAACAGGGAGCUCUCCUACCACAAGCACAGAGGGAAAGAAGCACUCUGCAUUAUCCCUGUGAAGAAUAUCCGGGCUGUGGAGAAACUGGAAGAAAGUGCCUUUAACCGCAAAAAUAUGUUCCAGGUGCUCCACAGUGAGAAGCCGCUGUACGUGCAGGCGGGGAACUGUGUGGAGGCCAGUGAGUGGGUGGAGGUGCUGAGCCAAGUGAACCGCUGUAACCCGGACCGCCUGGGCACCUUCCACCCCUCAGCCUACUUGGCCGGAGCCUGGCUCUGCUGCAGGAGCCUGAGCGACAGCCAGCCGGGCUGCAAGCCCUGCACACCUACCUUGCUGGCUAACCUGCAGCUGGACAUCGACUGUGACCGCGAGACAGAGAGAAUCUUCUCCCUCCUCACCUCCAGCUACUCCAAGCUACAGAAGAUGGAAGAUGCGUGUGCCAGCAUCGCUGUGUACCAGGGUCCUCUGAGGGAGCAGGACGACUACUCCCUGUUCACCAUCCAGGACCCCAAGGAGACAUUCCAGACAGUGCGGAAGAUCAGACACACUCUGAAGGAGCUGCAGAGAGAGCACGACACCCGCAGCGGCACUGCGCAGUACGGCAGCCAAGAGAAUCCGAUAGUUGGGAAGACAUCCUAACCAGUCUAGGUGGGUCUGUCUGGCCUGAGACAGCCAUUCCAGCAAAUGGCGGUAUGCCACCUGCCACAGUUCUAUACUGGAGCCCCAGAGUGGCACAGUCGGGAUUGGCACUGAGAACGCUGCCUGCCUCGUGAGGACCAAGAACGCACAUCCCCAAGGUCGCGCUCCGCCCCCGCUUCCCCCUCCACCACCGUGUGACUGGACGGAUGGUCCAAUAGAGGAAGUUAGAAGUGUCACCUGACCCUGGCCAGAAGCUCGCAUUGGUUCAGAAGAGGAGAACCUUGCUUUGACUCUGAGUUUGAGCUGCGUACUCUGGACCCGGAGGGGGUGAUAUUCUUCAGGGAUAUCGGCGGGCAGCAGAACUACUUCCUGCUGGCGGUGGUCCGUGGGAACCUGAGUGUCCAGACGAGCCGCGGGGACGGACAGGUCCUCGUCACCUCUGGGCCCAAGAUCAGUGACGGGGAUUGGAAGAAGCUGAACCCUCCUCUGGAUGGCUGCAUGCGGAGCUGGGACUGGGUCAGACAGGACUCCAGCAUCCUGGAGCAGACCCUGCAUGAUUCCAAGGUGCAGAGGUGCUGGGAACAUAUCGCCCCCGGGUCCUACUUUCCUGGAGUCGGCUCUGUUGGUUUUAACCCAUUAGUGCUGCUGGGAAACUCUUCAGCUGAGCCAGAUGUUGCAGACUGGACUCUAUGUGGAGCUAGCUCUCAGAACAGUUUCAGCCAGAGGCUUUCUCUUCAUCCUUGUAGACACUCAGAACGACUACAUCCUCUCCUUGAAACUCAACCACCCUUCACCGGAAAUGAUGAUGCGUUUGAGGGAGACUCUAUUCUGGUUGCGCAGCUACCCCCAGGCCCUCUGCUCAGGUGAGAGUCAGUUCCUGCAGCUGCUGGUGAUUGGCAUGGGUGUAACCAAGGCAACCAUGAGGUUGACGGAUGGGAACUACUAGCUCCUGAAGAGGGUGUUGAGCCAACCAGGGAGCAUGGUGUACCUGGGGGGCGGGCCAGAGGGUGUGUCCAGCUUCCACGGCUGUCUCCAGGCCAAGAUCCAGGGUGUCAACGUUGACCUGGACCUGGCAGAGGUCAAACACGGGGAUGUCCGCUCUCACAGCUGCCCUGCCGCCCUCGACGUCCGAGAUGGGAAGUAAAGGAGCCGCAGUUACACACGACACUGCUUAUAAGACUACAUAAUGCUACAUAAGACCACUUAAACCACUGUUUACUGUUUGGCCAUUAUCUGUUUCUCAACGUUUUACUCUGUCUCAUAUGGCUAUCUAUGCAACAAGCUGUAACACGUUACUGCAGAGUGCAGUAAUUGUAUUUUCUAUUGUUCUAAUUGUAUUUGUUCUAAUUGUAUUUGUAUUGAAGCGUCUCUGACAAGUGAGGGAUGUUCAUUUGAAGAAGAGAAGGAUUGUGUUUCUUUGUGUAGAUCGUUUUGUAUACAUUUUUGGCAAACUUUGGUACGUCACUGCAAAACCGUAACAUGGCCUCUUUCACUUUAUUUGCUGCAUAUUGUUUCUGUAAUUUCCAGCAGAAUUCCCCUAUGAGGUAAAGCUAAACAGUACAGCUGAAUUACCAUGUCCACUCUUGUUAAGUCUGUGCGAAUGGCAAUAAAGCAUUUGCUGCUUUUUAUAGCUA